UUUUAAACCCAUCGACUAAAACGUACCUUAUAAUUAGUUGUCCGUUAAAUAGAGGUGUAUUUAGUAUUGAGGGUAUCUUAUAAUGAUGUUUGAAUGUAUAGGUAAGCAAGAGAUUGGACCGAUUUAAUCAACUAGAAAAGCAAAAUUGAAAUUAUUGGUUAGGUGGAUAAGAACCCUGACUUCAGAAUCUUCUUAAACUUAGGGGUCAUAGGUUCGAAUAAAAUUAUUUUUUUUUCAAUUUUCAGAAUAUUUUUUUAAAAAAUGUCUUCAAAAUUUAUUUAUUUUUCAAUUUUAUUUUUAAUUAUUUUAAACAAUUCUUGGGCAAAAUGGGCAUUUUUAUCAGACCAAUCCAAAUGCAAUUUGAAUUGUUUAAAUGGAGGGGUUUGCUCUUUUUUGGUUAAAAAACCGGAAGUACAUAAAUGUAUUUGUUUAAUUGGAAUGUUUGAAGGACCUCAAUGUGAACAGGCUAUUGACCAAAAUAUACAAACAACAACACCAAUAUAUACUUCUUUAAAUAAUGAAGAAGAAGAAAUGGAAGAAGAAGAAGAAUUAUAUGAAGAUGAUGAAACUAAGGAGGAGGAAGAAAAGAAUGUUAGGGAAAUAAAUCAAAACAAUAAUCCCCCAAUUUAUGGACAAACACAACACUUUAUUGGGCCAGAAGAGACUAACACAAUGAGUACAAAUCUGGAAAAAUUUGAAUCAUGGCAUCGCCCUCUCUCUGCUGUCCAUGAAGAAAAUUUUGAAGAGCCAAAAAUAAGCACUCCAACAAAACAAAAAUUUAAAGGAAACGAAAAAACACAAAAAGAAAAAAGAAAAAAAAUUUUAAAAAAAUUUCCUCCCCAGCCAACAACAACUUCCUUUCCCUAUAAAGAAAUGGAAGGAGGAGAUGGAUGGAUGGUGACAAGACGUGGGGAAAAUUCUUUUUAUUCGUCUUCUUCUUUUGCUUUGAGGAGAAGAAAUUUGCCUUUAAUUGGGGGAAUAAUGAUUUUUAUUUUGUUUAUUUAA